CACACACACAGCUGCUCUCAGGACGGUAGAAGAAGAAACCUGAAGUUCGAAGGACUAAAGACAAAGUUCUGGUCCAAAGACGGAACCGUCGGCAGAGUCUUUGAACACGCGCAGAGGAUCCAGGUUUCUCCUGCAGCUGGUUCUGGUUCGAGGUCCCCGCUGGGUCCGCAGAGAGGGGUUCCGCUUCUGGUUCUGGUCUUACCGUGUGUUUGGUGGUUCAGGAUGGGGAACAGCAGCAGUGACCGGUCCGGUGGACAGCAAGGAGGGAAAGAGGCCCGACCCAACAUGCUGAUGGACAACUCAGAGGACACAGAGGACCAGAAGGCUCCGCAGGAAAUUCAGGAGUUUCUGGCGUGGCAGCAGGACCUGGAGAGCGACAGCAAGAGCCCGACACAGGCCAGGCCCACGGUGUUCAGGUGGACCGGAGGAGCCAAAGAAGUCUUCGUGUCCGGCUCCUUCAACAACUGGGUCACAAAGAUCCCGCUCAACAAAAGUCAGAAGAACUUCGUGGCCAUCGUGGACCUGCCGGAGGGAGAGCACCAGUACAAGUUCUGCGUGGACGGCCAGUGGACUCUGGACCCGACCGGGGCCGUGAUGACGUCGAAGACGGGAACCGUUAAUAACGUGAUCCAGGUGAAGAGGACGGACUUCGAGGUGUUUGACGCCCUCAGGAUCGACUCCGAGGACACGUCGGACCUGUCAGACCUGUCCAGUUCGCCUCCCGGUCCGUACCAACAGGAUGCGUACGUGAUCAGAUCAGACGACAAACUCAAGCAUCCUCCGUUCUUACCUCCUCACCUGCUGCAGGUGCUGCUCAACAAGGACACCGGCAUCUCUUGCGACCCAACGCUGCUUCCAGAACCGAACCACGUGAUGCUCAACCACCUGUACGCCCUCUCCAUCAAGGACGGCGUGAUGGUUCUCAGCGCGACGCACCGAUACAAGAAGAAGUACGUGACCACUCUCCUCUACAAGCCCAUAUAAUCCACAGAGCCGCGCUCUUAUUUUGAAGUUAUAAUCAUUUGACUGUUGUUGCUGCUAAUUGUUGUUUUUGUACCUUAAUGAUCAAUUUAAAUGUUUUUUUCUAAAGUUCUGCAGAAUAUUUGUACAUUUAUGAUCCGACCACAAGCUUCACGUGACCUUUGACCUUUUGUUGAGCUUCUUGUUGUGAUCUGUCCGAUAAAGCUGAGAUAAGCUCGGCUGCAGACGUGAGCAAACAGACACGAGGACACGGAGGAGCUCUGAACUUCAAGCUGCAAACGAGAAUCUCACAUUUUAUUCCACAAAAUCUUAAUUUUAAACCUUUAAUUAAACUUUGAUUCGA